ACCACAGACUCUGUUUCUUUCUUUUUGUAAAGUUUUUUUUUGGACUCUUGUGGCCGAGGCAGCUAUAUCGCCCCUCUGCUGUGAAGUUAGAGCACGUUGUUCUGUGCUUCGUGGUUGGAUCUACACUGGAGAGUGUGGUUGAGAGUUUUGGCGCAAUAACUGCAGCCGGAGAACUGACUGUGCAUUUGUCUCUUGGAGCUUCACGAAUUUUGGGUUGAAUCCCAACAUUAUUAUUUUUCUGUGCCGGUGGGUGUGAUCUCAGUUCUCCAACUUUCUCAUCUUUCAGGCUGUGCAGACCACUUUGCAGUGCUGGGUUUUGAUAUUCUUCGUCACAUUUGCUUUAAUCCGUUUGAUUCAAUAUCUGGGAUUGAUUCCAUAAAUUCUUGGCGGAUUUAUUCCAAUAAUUGGGGGCAGCGACUGCACAAUGAGAGGGGCAGCGGCAGCGGCCCAGAGCCAGCAGCAUCCUGGUGGGUUUACGCCCUUCACUGUGGUGACCAUGACAGUUGUGGCUGUGUUCUCUGUUUGGUUGUCUCAAAUUCCAAAUGCACCGUGGUCAAGACAUCACGACAAUGAUGGGGAAAAAUUCCUGGCGAAGCAAUUGAACUGGAUCCACGGGGCUGCGAAGAAGGAGUGUCCUUUGCCACCAAGUGCAUGUUGGUGGCAACAGGGAAGCAUAAUUAAGGGCAUCCCAACAGGCCAAUCCAAACCCAACUGCAAGUUUCUAGUUCGUGACCCGGAAUUUUUGGAAAUCCUUGGACCGGCGCCUGAACUGAAACUGGUAGCAGAGACAGAUGCCCAUGAAGGCGGUGUCUAUCAUCCCGAUAACAAUGAGUUUUACUACUCAACCACCCGUCAUAAGGUUGGGUACACGAGUAUGAUAACUUCGAGCGAUGAAAAGGACUCUGCUGGUGAGCAGAACACGCAAGUCAGGAAAAUUUCGUUGGACACCGGAGAAAUAACAACGGUUUUCCCCGUGACGGACGUCGCAAACGGAAUGGUUCUGGACAGGGAAGGAAACCUACUAAUUUGUCAACAAGGUCAAGGAAAGAAGCCAGGUUACAUUCAACGAGUGGACGUGAAGACUCUCGAAACGAGUAUAGUGGCUGACAAUUGGUUUGGAGCCGCAUUCAACAGCCCAAAUGAUGUCGUGGUCAAAAGCGAUGGCACGAUUUGGUUUACAGACCCUAUCUACGCAUGGGCGCAAGGAUUCAAACCCGAAAUACAAGUGGAGGGACAGUUGUACAGAAUUAACCUCGACGGUGUGGUGGAUGCGAUGGCAACAAAUUUUCAACGACCCAACGGACUCGCUUUCUCUCCGGAUGAAAAGCUUCUCUAUGUGACUGAUACUGGCUACUUGCAGGGUGAAGAGUUUGAUAAAGGAAAGAGACAUCACAUUUAUGUGUAUAAGGUUCGCGAGGAUGGAAUGCUCAGCAGCAGACGCUUGCUUGCUUCUGUAGGCAUGUACGACGGAUCAGCUCCUGGGCUAGGACUGCCCGACGGCAUUAAGGUCGACACUAAAGGACGCAUUUACAUAGGUUCGCCAGAUGGUGUCCAAGUGUUCAGUCGAUCAGGAAAACCGCUCGGAUUAAUUGCUCUUCCGGACGUCGUCAACCUAGGCUUCGCCGGUGAAAAACUCAACAAGCUUUAUAUUCUUAACGACUCCUCCAUCCACAUGAUUGAGUUGCAGGCUACUGGAGCUGGUUUACAUUACGCUUCGAAGUUUAUGAAGAAGUGAUGAAGUGGAAAGCGUUUGAUGAGACUAUCAAUUCAAUUGUACAACAUUUGUGCAGUGGUAGACAUUUGAUCAGUAUGCCAGUUCCUUUGAUGAACUCAGCUGUGGCAACGUUUAGGGAGAUUCAGGUGUGACCAUGUGUCUCAAAGAGACAAUACUUAGUGUUGCCAGACGUAUGAAUGUUAGCUGUAGGUUUCUGCAGCACUUAUUUUAGAAAUUUUGCUGCGCCUAUACAUGUAUCCCCCAUUUAUACGUAUCACAUCAUUUCAUUACUGACAA